UCUGAAUGCCGAGCCCGAUGAUUAAAUCUAUAAAUAGAUCAAGGCCUUGGAAAAUUGAAUCAGGAGAGAAGGACAAGUCAGGAUGGCAGCAAAAAAUACAAUGAGAAGCAUUUUUAAAAGGUUUGCUCAUGUUAGAUUAGGUAAUACACAGACAGCCAUUACGGUGCAAGGAAAAAAGCAUUAUGGAACAACAGCAGGUGAUCAAAAGGAAUAUGCUUUUGAGAUGGCAUGUUCCAAUAUACGAUAUGGAGAAGGAGUUACUAGAGAAAUUGGAAUGGACUGCAAAAACCUGGGAGGGAGAAACAUUUGUGUCAUGACGGACAGCAGACUAGUGGAGUUACCCCCCGUUAAGGUGGUAUGUGAAUCCUUAGAUGAUGCUGGUCUCAAGUACAGUGUUUACGACAAAUGCAGGGUGGAACCCACAGAUGAAAGUUUUACAUCUGCCAUUGACUUUGCCAAAAAGGGUAACUUUGAUCUGUUUGUGGCAGUAGGGGGAGGUUCUGUAAUGGACACAUGUAAAGCUGCCAAUCUCUACUCGUCCAACCCAAAGGCGGAGUUGCUGGACUAUGUUAACGCUCCCAUUGGGAAGGGGCUGCCUGUCACCCAUAAACUCAAACCACUGAUUGCUGUGACAACCACAGCGGGUACUGGAAGCGAGACCACAGGAACUGCAGUGUUUGACUUACUCCACAUGAAAGCAAAAACGGGUAUUUCGAGCAGAGAGAUGCGUCCCACACUCGGAGUUGUUGACCCGUUACAUCUCAAUACUUUGCCUGAGAGGGUUGCUGCCUACAGUGGAAUUGAUGUUUUGUGCCAUGCUAUUGAAUCAUACACUGCUCUGCCUUACACUGAGAGAGUCCCACGACCUGCCAAUCCUAAUCUUCGCCCUGCCUACCAGGGCUAUAAUCCAAUCAGUGACAUUUGGUCCGGACACGCCCUGGAAAUUACCAACAAAUUCAUUAAGAGAGCAACAUUUGAUGCUGGUGACCUUGAGGCUAGAUCUAUCAUGCACCUGGCCAGUUGUUAUGCAGGCAUAGGAUUUGGGAAUGCUGGAUGUCACUUGUGCCAUGCCAUGUCGUACCCAAUUUCUGGUCUCGUUAAACAGUUCAUGUCCAAAGGUUACAGUGAUGAUCACCCUAUGGUGCCUCAUGGUCUGUCGGUCUUUGUGACCGCCCCUGCUGUCUUUGAGUUCACGGCCUCAGCCUGCCCAGAUCGCCACCUACAGGCAGCAUCAUUUCUAGGCGUGGACGUAACUAACAAGAAAAAGGAGGAUGCAGGCCUAGUCCUCGCUGACCGUCUGCGACAGAUCAUGCAAGAACUGAAGAUGCCAGAUGGUUUGUCCAGUCUGGGUUACAACAAGGACGACAUUCCAAGCCUUGUGAAAGGGACAAUGCCUCAGCAUCGUCUGACAAAACUCUCCCCAAAGCCAGUGAAUGAGGAGAUUGUGACAGAACUGCUAGAGAAAUCAAUGAAGAACUACUGAGUAAAGACACUGUUAACCUGCCACAAAAAAAAAUGGCUGAAUUAUUGAGAUCUCCUAUUGUUGCAAUCAAAGCUUGAGACAUGACCAAUCAAACUCGUAAUGAAUAUUAAUUGUUGCAGAUGUGAUUCUUUAAAAUCAAAUUCUUGGAGCAAAUGUGUCUUUGACAUGUGCUUUUUAGGGCUUCCAUUUUCAUGACCAUGUGAUGAUGUGUUCUUAUCGUUGUUUAUCCAUAGUUUUAAUAUCUGUAUACAUGUAUAUCAAAUAUAUAUCAAUAUGUACAGGUAUAUUAGAUUUAAUAUUAGAGCAUAUAUGAAUAGAUUCUAUAUUUGGAAAAGGCAGAUGGACAUGAUGGAGUAAAGUGUUUUGAUUCAUAAAUCCUUUUAUUUUAAGACAGAGUUCUGCAGUGAAUCAAUUUUUGACAAUCCUAUCAUCCAUAGCAUAGACAUCAUACAUGUGUCAGGACCUGGAGGAUUUUACUAGGAGCAAUUAGAAUUAAAGCAAGAUGUGAUUUAUCCACUGUAUUUUCUAGUCUGUUGUGUUUUAUAUGAUCAUUUUGAACAAUAAAAAUUAUACUCGAACAA